CGCCGCAUUCCUAUUUCCUUCUCUUCCAGCAUCUCUGUCAAUUCAAAAGUCACCAGUCUGUCACUGUUCUCUUUUGCUUUAGUUGACUGAUACCUCGUUCAUCGGUCUUCUAUCCUUCGCUCAGCAGCUUCACCUGCGCAUAUACACCAAAACUUGAGCCAUAUCCACCACAAUGCGGUCUACAUUCGCUCUCCUCGCCCUCGCGGCUGGCGCCUUCGCGAGGCCGCAAGGCGUUACUACCGAAAUUGCCCCUUCAGCAACCGCUCCAGCAGGCUGCUCGCCCACCUACCCUGGCACCUUCGAGAUCACCGUCGUUAAUGCCACCACAUCCAAGAAGCGGGAUCUUGUCCGAAGACAAAAGUCCGGCAUCUUGAAGUUGUCUCUCGCUGGAGGUGUCCUACAUGACCAGGCAGGCCGAACUGGUUACGUUGCGGCCAACUACCAAAUCCAGUUCGACGAACCGCCUCAGACUGGUGCUAUCUAUACGAGCGGCUUCUCGGUCUGUGGAAACGGAUCGCUUGCCCUCGGUGGAUCAGCCGUCUUCUACCAGUGCGACAGCGGCAGUUUCUUCAACCUCUACGAUCGAUCAUGGGCUGCUCAGUGCACCCCCAUCUACAUCGUUGCUGAGGGCGGUGCUCCUGCUGCAUCCCAGGCGUCUGACGGCCAGCCCGCUGGAAAAACUGCUAUUACCGCGCCUGUGACACAAUUGACAGACGGUCAGCCAGGUGCAUCCACAUUGCUUCCUUCGCCGCCCGUCGUUACUCAACUCUCCGACGGGCAACCGGGUAUUUCCUCUGCUCUUCCAGCCCCGGUCUCGCAACUCUCAGACGGUCAACCCCAGAUCGUCAGCGCCGCACCUGUUUCCGUUUUGACAGAUGGACAAAUCCAAGCUCCUACAGGCGUCCCAGUUUCACAAGCUACAGAUGGGCAGAUCCAAGGCCCUACUGGCGCCCCAGUCUCACAAAUAUCGGACGGUCAGCCGCAAGCUCCUACGGGCACUCCCGUCUCAGAAAUUACAGAUGGACAGAGUAUGUACACCUGCGAGAUUCCCCAACGCAUACGCCGUAUUCGGGCGCCGAGUCGCAUGGUGCUUCAGAUACAGUCUCGCGUUAAAGGAUAUCCUUGCCCCUGGAUAUUCGCAUGAAUUCCUGCUAAUUGCAAUGUUUGCUUUUAGUUCAAGCCCCUACUGGAGCACCUGUCUCUCAAAUCUCAGAUGGCCAGCCUCAAGUCCUCACGACAAGCGCCCCAGUGAUCACUGGCGCUGCAGUCUCGCAAAAAAGCGACGGACAACCCAUUGCAACCGCC